CACUACAAACGCAGUAGGGACCAAGCUUUUAAAGAUGGCUGACAUGGAGGGUAACGUGGAAAACGAAGAGAAACUAAAAGAACGUUUAUCUGUAACAGAUCGUUACUACACACGAAAGUACAAAAUAGGUAAAACUGAAGACCAAGAUGUAUGCGUGCUGGCCCACUCUAAUAGAAUAUGUAUAGUAACCCUGGCACCCAGUCACCCUGUUGUGGCAAAGAAAAAGAAAGUUACUGCUGUAAGCUUUGAUGUCAGUGGAGCCAACAGACUGGACAACAAAGUGUCUGGCAAAGGCAAAAAGGGAGCGCAGUGGCUAAAAUCCGCCUCGGAACUGUGUAAAAUCGAAUGUGAAGACGGCGAAAACUACGUUUUUCCUGCUGGUCUACCAGCGCAGCUAAUUGAGAUCAACGAAAAUCUAGUGCAUUGUCCUAGUUUGUUGACGGAAAAGCCCCAUACUGAAGGCUACGUUGCCAUCGUGCUACCAAAACUGAAGGAAUAUGAAUACGUGAUGAACCGCUUGUCGACAGAGGAGGCCUACAAGCAAGCUCGUCCAGAUAUCACAUAGAAUUUUCCUGCUGAGUAGGCUAUUUCACCGGCGUUCAGUGUAUGACGGAGGUGGAUAUUCAUAUUUGAUGUAUUACUAACAAUUCGAUAUUUACCAAGCAGCAAUCAGAAUUGUUCUCAUUUGCAUUGUUUGUUGAAUUCAUUUCUCAUGUCGUUUGUGUCAUAUUAAAGUAGUUGAGGGACA